CAUAUUAAUAAUAUCGUAAAAUAAGUUGAGAUACGCAAAAACAUGUCCGGAGACCAUAAUCAUAAAAAUUUAAAAAGAAGGGGCAAGUUCUAGGCAAUGGUAUGAAAGAGUGUGAGACCAAGCCAAAAACCUAUUCAAACUUCUUUAAAAAAAAAUGUCUCUAAUUAUUUAAGUAGUAUAUCUCAUUUUCUUCACUCAUUCAUCAAUUAUUUUAUUUGUAUCUACAAAAAAAGCAAGACAAACUCAACGUGCUUCAAAGUUUCUGCUCAUUGAUUUUUUCUUCUUCCCCUGUUUUCUUGUCCAUCACCAAAUCUACUUCCUCUGUAGCCAAGAAACUCACUGCUGAUGAAAAAUGGGGUUGUUAACACCAACAACACUCACCAUUUUCAUCAUGCUCUUUUCUUUACUACAGCUCAAGCUUCAAGCUCAAAAAAUGGAACAUCGCAACUUAAAAUAUGCAUCUUUUGAUGAAACUUUCUUUGACAUCUUUGAGGUUGAAAAGCCUGCAACAAUUAGUAACGCUGCUCUUCAAGUAACCCCUGAUUCUGCUUCUUCAGAUUUCAAUCGCUACAAUAACUCAGGAAGAAUCCUCUUUAAGCAACCAUUUAAGCUCUGGGAUGGUGAUGUUUUCGACAAUACAACAAGGGUUGCAUCUUUCAACUCUUCUUUUCUUGUCAACAUUUACAGACCAAAUAAUGAAACAGCAGCUGAAGGGUUAGCAUUCUUGAUUUCACCAGAUUUGGAGAAGCCAGAUAAUAGCCAGGGCCAGUAUUUAGGGUUAACAAAUGGUUCUACAGAUGGGAUUUCUAGUAACAAAGUUGUUGCUGUUGAGCUUGAUACUUCUAAACAAAGCUUUGACCCUGAUGGUAAUCAUAUAGGUAUUGAUGUUCAUAGUGUUAGAUCUGUAAAGGUCGAAUCUUUAACACCCCAUGGUAUAGAACUUGCUCCUAUUGGUGCAAGAUUCUAUAAUGUUUGGGUACAGUAUGAUGGAAUCAAGAAAGUUCUUGAUGUUUAUAUUGUUGAACAAGCACUGAAAAAUGGGUCUACCCCACCUAUACCAAAAACCCCCAUUUUAACAUAUGAUCUUGAUUUGAAAGAAUAUGUAAAUCAAGAAUCAUAUUUUGGGUUUUCUGCAUCAACUGGGACUAACUACCAACUCAACUGUGUAUUGAGAUGGAACUUAACAGUUGAGUAUUUCCCUGAAAAGAAAAAUCCUUGGUUGAAGAUUGUUUUAGGUGUUGGGAUUCCUGUUGUGUCGCUUUUGAUUCUUGGCGCGGCGUAUUUAGGGUAUUGUUAUCAUAAGAAAAGGAUUGAUAGGUCACAGUCUAACAUAUUGGGUGCACUCAAGAGUUUGCCUGGAACUCCACAAGAGUUUCAGUUCAAGGCUUUGAAGAAAGCUACAAACAAUUUUGAUGAAAAGAAUAAGCUUGGACAAGGAGGAUAUGGAGUUGUUUACAGAGGAUUUUUAGCUGGUGAGGAGAACAAAGAUAUUGCUGUCAAAUGGUUUUCUAGGGAAAGCAUCAAAGGGCAAGAUGAUUUCUUGGCUGAGCUUACUAUUAUCAAUCGUCUUCGACAUAAACAUCUUGUCAAAUUGCUUGGAUGGUGUCACAAGAAUGGAAAGUUACUGCUUGUGUAUGAAUACAUGCCUAAUGGCAGUCUAGAUAUGCACCUCUUUGCGGGCCCAGAUAAAGAGCCGCUGAGCUGGCACGUCCGCUACAAGAUUGUGCAAGGUGUUGCCUCAGCAUUGCAUUAUCUGCACAAUGAGUAUGAGCAGAGAGUGGUCCAUCGCGACCUGAAGGCGAGUAACAUCAUGCUUGACUCAAAGUUCAAUGCGCGCCUUGGGGACUUUGGCCUUGCUCGGGCACUUGACAACGAAAGGACCUCGUAUGCUGAGGCAGAAGGAGUGCUUGGUACAAUGGGAUACAUUGCACCAGAGUGUUUCCACACAGGGAAAGCCACACAGCAAUCUGAUGUGUACGCGUUUGGGGCAGUGUUGUUGGAAGUUGUAUGUGGCCAGAGACCUGGAACCAAGAUUAAUGGCUUUCAAUUCUUUGUUGAUUGGGUUUGGUACUUGCACCGCGAUGGCCGUAUCUUGGAAGCUGUUGAUCCUAGGCUUGGAGAUGACUAUGUUGCUGAUGAAGCAAAGAAACUUUUACUACUUGGUUUGGCUUGUGCACAUCCUAUAGCUACUGACAGGCCUAAAACACAGGCAAUAGUUCAGAUUAUAUCAGGGUCAGCACCAGCACCAGAAGUUCCACCAUUCAAGCCAGCAUUUGUGUGGCCAUCAAUGGUGCCAAUUGACAUAGACUCAAGUGUUAUGGACACAACAUCCAUUACUACUUCUCACUUCAAUUCAGGAUGGAGUCUAGACUAUCAAAGCAGGGAGACCCCAACAUAUGCAGACCACUCUUUGAUGUAGUUACUUUGAUGGUAAACAACUAUUACCAAAAGGAAAAUUGAUUUUUUUGGCCUUCAAUUUUUUUAAAAUAUUUCCUGUAAUUAUGUUUUCUUGGGAGGAGGUUAAAAAUUUCCUUCAGUUUUUCACUUUUUGUUUGAUGUUAUUUUUCUUCUUUUCAAUUUGUUAAUGGGGCAUGAUGAAAAGAUCAGGCAGCGUAUGUACAUUCAUAUAACUCAGUAGUGUUA